AUUUUUUCCCCUCCCGUGUGUGGUUCUUGGAGAAAGUUGGAGGUGGUGGUGAUUUCAGUUGCCUUGGCCGCGGGGAGUAGGAGCUGAGCAGAGGCACUGGGCUGGCUGAGCUCGCCAGCAGUCCGGCUCUGGUCCCUUCGGCCAUGCCUGGGGCCAGCCCGCUGCCUCCCGGGCCCUGGCCCACCUUCAUCUGCGCACCUCUUCCUCCCCCUUACUCCACCCUUUCCAAAACCUAUCUGGGUCCUCUGUGCGCAGGGUUCUUUUUCAGUUUUUCUUUUUGGAAAAGACCUUUGAGGGGAGCAGAUGCCACCUAAGGCCCCACUAUCUCCUCUACAAAGAGCCCAGAUGUGGAAAUGAAUUGUUGGCAUUUUUAGUUUUAUCUAUGAAUUUAUUUUUAACCAUCGGCAUUUUUUUAACUUCUGUGUUCUGCUGUGUUUCUUGUGUUUAGUCUUCGAGUGGUUCAACCGACCAUGACCCACUGGGCCCCCUCCCUCCUGGCUGGGGUCUGUGGCCAUGUGAUUGAAAGGAGGCACCUUACCAAACCUUCCUUUGCAACUGAGAUGUUGGAAGACUUCAGCCUAAUUUUGACUAAUGGAAUUCACUUUUUGGGGGGACACAGCUGUGUAAGGGGCCAGAGGGAAGCCAGCUGAGCAUGGGGUGGCAACUCUAUGAAAGUACAUCACUGGAUUCUCCUUGUCAUUGGCAGCUGCCUCCUACCUAUUCUAAGUCCUUGGUGUGAUUUGCAAUAAUGAGUUAGAUGGGCAUCUAUGACUUGAGAGAAAUUACAGACUUUAUGGCUAUUUCAGGAAGGCAUGGUCAUGCAAAAAGGGGUCAUUAGAGAUGGUGAGACUCAGGGCUUUCUGUAGCUCUCUGAGCUGGGUCAGGGUUUUGUUCAAUCGGCAAGAGUUCCUGGGAGCUAAAGAGGACCGUUUUGGCAGGAAUUGGCAUGUUUUGGGUUUAAUUGAUUGGUUAGGCCAGUAGAAAACAGUAAAUGCAGGUUUGGUGGUAUUCACAGAUGGUAUUAAGUUGGGCAGGGGCGUGCUCCCCAUUGAAGAUGGAGAAGCUGACAAUGACAGGUUGAGCAUCUAAUCCUCAUGGUGCAGACACAACUACUCCCUGGUAGUAAUUUACGAGGUUGCAUCAACCCCCUAGGACCUGUAGGGUAUCACUUAGUGAAUGACCACUGCAUUCCAAACACUGGAGGGACCUCCUCCUCCUAGUGGGAUGUAUCAGGGAGGCCUCUACACAAUUCUUGAUUUUCCUGGGGAAUCCCUUCCGAAUGCAUGUGAUCUACCUUGCUCCCUGAGCUGAUGAAAGGCCAUUGCUAUCUCAGAGUUUGGCAGCAAGUCAAAUGUGAGGGAGUCCAGUAUAGAGUUCCUAGCCAGAUAGGGGGAAACUCAACAGAUUAAACAGGACUCUGUAAUGCUGUUUGGCAGCCAGUAGACACUGUGACCCAGAGCUGGGGACCCAGAGUGGUACCUUUCUCUGUAGUCAAGUAAUUUAUUCUGUACCGGUUUAGCUAAAUGAUGAUCACCAAGUAAGAGGAGCUAUAGGGACUUAUAAACAGCUCCCAGAAGCCAAGUGUGAAAUAUGUGAGAUGGGAGUAGGGGCCAUGGUUGGAGUCAGUGCUGUUUACGAAUGAGGAGGAAAACACACAAGACGACAAUGGUAUGUACCUGAGAAAGAAGAACAUCUGGCCAAGGGCCAGGGAAUCUUCCUAAUCAGAUCGUUUGGGCUUUGUGUUGGCUUCUCUGAGGCCGGUGCAGGGCCACUUCCCCAGGGAGAGUUGAACAGAAAGAGCAGCAAAACUAAAUGAGAAUUGCAUUUAGCAUGAGCCUUCUGUCAAGUCUACUGUGUUCUGCUGUCAGUCCUGCAUCCCUUUCUGCUCCCCCAUGAGAGACCCCAUGGUCCUUCCUGAGCAUCGGCUCAGUACUCAGGACCUCUCAGUUUUAGAUCCACAUCUCUUCAGCUGCCCUGACCUUGGGCGUAUGACCGAAUGUUCGCGAGUCCAUUUCUCCCUAAAUGAGGUUGAGCUAGAUGUUCUCAAGGACUCUCCUGGCCUCCCCACAAUGAAGUUGUAUUCAGCAAAGCAGUUCCGGUGGACCAUGAGAGGCCCUCCAUGCAGGGAACUGCCAGAAGCAAGGGCGCAGGCCUCAGACCGACUGGACAGGCCCCCAGCCCCGUGGUUGAGAAGAGACAGGACAAUGGACGGGUGUAUUACGUGAACCAUAACACACGCACCACCCAGUGGGAGGACCCGAGGACCCAAGGGAUGAUCCAGGAACCAGCUCUGCCCCCAGGGUGGGAGAUGAAGUAUACCAGUGAGGGGGUGCGCUACUUUGUGGACCACAAUACCCGUACCACCACUUUUAAGGAUCCUCGCCCAGGGUUUGAGUCAGGGACGAAGCAAGGUUCCCCUGGUGCAUAUGACCGAAGUUUUCGGUGGAAGUAUCACCAGUUCCGUUUCCUUUGCCAUUCAAAUGCCCUCCCCAGCCAUGUGAAGAUCAGCGUUUCCAGGCAGACACUUUUUGAGGAUUCUUUCCAGCAGAUCAUGAACAUGAAACCCUAUGACCUGCGCCGCCGGCUCUACAUCAUCAUGCGUGGCGAGGAGGGCCUGGACUACGGGGGAAUUGCUAGAGAGUGGUUUUUCCUCCUGUCCCACGAGGUGCUCAACCCCAUGUAUUGUUUAUUUGAAUAUGCUGGGAAGAACAAUUACUGCCUGCAGAUCAACCCCGCCUCCUCCAUCAACCCUGACCACCUCACGUACUUCCGCUUUAUUGGCAGAUUCAUUGCCAUGGCUCUAUACCAUGGAAAGUUCAUUGACACAGGCUUCACCCUCCCUUUCUACAAGAGGAUGCUCAACAAGAGACCAACCCUGAAAGACCUGGAAUCCAUCGACCCCGAAUUCUACAACUCUAUCAUCUGGAUCAAAGAGAACAAUCUAGAAGAGUGUGGCCUAGAGCUGUACUUCAUCCAGGACAUGGAGAUUUUGGGCAAGGUGACAACCCACGAGCUGAAAGAAGGUGGUGAGAGCAUCCGAGUGACAGAGGAGAACAAGGAGGAGUACAUCAUGCUGCUGACCGACUGGCGUUUCACCCGGGGCGUGGAGGAGCAAACCAAAGCCUUCCUGGACGGCUUCAACGAGGUGGCCCCCCUGGAGUGGUUGCGCUAUUUUGAUGAGAAAGAGCUGGAGCUGAUGCUCUGUGGCAUGCAGGAGAUAGACAUGAACGACUGGCAGAAGAACACCAUCUACCGGCACUACACCAAGAACAGCAAGCAGAUCCAGUGGUUCUGGCAGGUGGUGAAGGAGAUGGACAACGAGAAAAGUAUCCGGCUGCUGCAGUUUGUUACAGGGACCUGCCGUCUGCCUGUCGGCGGAUUUGCUGAACUCAUUGGUAGCAAUGGACCACAGAAAUUUUGCAUCGACAAGGUUGGCAAGGAAACCUGGCUGCCCAGAAGCCACACCUGUUUCAACCGUCUGGAUCUCCCACCGUAUAAGAGCUAUGAACAACUGAAAGAGAAGCUGCUCUACGCCAUUGAGGAGACCGAGGGCUUUGGACAGGAGUAACUGAGACUGCCCUCUCCCAUGCCCCCUGCACACAUGUAGUCACGAGUCCUCCCUGCCUGAGAGGCUGCUGGCUGCAGCCCCUGGGAGGGCCCCGCAGAUGGUGGGACCACUGUCAUCAGGCUGGUGGCAGCAGAGCCUGACCUCAAGAGGCCCUGCCCACCCCUCCCUCCUACCCACUGGUGGCAGUCUGGAAUAAAGCCCCCUAGUCACCUUAACCCCGUCACCCACUGCAGUCUGGAGGGCUGACCCUCUGCAAAGCUCACUGAGCCUCCUCCCCUAAGGCCAACCCUAGGUGUGCGUGAGUGUACAAGGGAGGGCACCUGUGCCGAAGGGCUGUAGCACAAGCCCAGCCUCCUGGGCUAGUUAGGCAAGAAGGAGACUGGCCGCUCGGGGUAACUGAGCUGAGAAAGCCCAGGGUCUUUGCCAGUAAAAGAGGUUUUGUUUUAAAUAGAACUUUUCCAGUGAUCUGUAUAAAAUGAAGGUCUGAGAGAGAGGAGCUCUUCCCAUACCCAGAGCUCUGGAUCGAGGCUGUCUUCCCUCCCCCGCAGGCUCUAGCCAUGGAGGCGAGUGGCAAGGCCCCUCUCUCCACUCAGGGCUGGCCAGUUCACCCUUCCCAGCCAGCCAAGGGUUGUGCCAGCUUCUUGGAUGUCAGUGAGAUGGAAACGGCAAGCUCAGACUUUCUUUUCCCUUUACCUAAACUUGAAGCAUUUUGUGUGUAGGGUUGCCUGGUGUUUUGUUGGUGGUAUGCUACUGUCACUUUCUUUUGAGGAGCUGGCGCACCAGGUGUUGCUGGGACUUUGAGGGACCCAGCACUGUUGGUUCAAGAAUUUCCCGAACAGCUGCUCCUCUUGGGAAGCAGAUUAGCAGUUCAGCGAGCUCAGGCAGCUUGACCUCACAGCAGCCUCAUCCCCCUAGCCUCGACAGAGAGGGCAGGGGGUGGUGCCCUGAGUGCCACCGAGCCUUGCCCCCUCUGAUAGAAAAGAACGCCCUUUGCUAGAUGUAGUCACCCAGGCUGUAGACCUCCAGGUGGGUUGGUUAGUCCCCUUUUGAGAAUGAAGUGCAUCCCCGCUGCCCUAGAGCGUGCUCAUUCUGCCUAGAAGUGAGGCUUUGUCUGCACAUAGGAAACGAUGCUCAUGGAAGCCGGCUGAAGGGCCCUGAGUUGCUGCACACAUCUGACUUGAUUUCUGGAGCCCCUGCCGGGCUCCGUCAUGGGCAUUCUGCCAUGUAUUAAUAUCUUCAAGAAAAACAGGCUCCUCUGGGAUGCUGAAGCCGUGAUUGUCAUGAACUCCCCGAUCCAGCCCCUCAAGGUUCUUAUGCUGAGCACCAGCUGCAGACUAGCUCCAACUUCCUGGGACCCCAGGCAGGCCCCCAGACCGGUCAUGGGCCUUUGGAGGAUAGUUUUGUGUUCCCAGAUCUGUGUCCUUUCCCUUGGCCUGUGGAGGGACACCCGUGUCUGCUGUUCGUCUGUGCUGAUUUGAAUGGCGCAGCUCACUGCAGCUCAACCUUUUUUCUUCCCUGGAGUCAUUUGCUGUGCUUCCCUGCAGCAACUCGCCACAUCAGGGGUUGGGAUGUGAGCUGCCAUGCGGAGUUUGGAAGCCUUGGGCUCAUGUGUGUUCAGAGUGUGUUUAUGUGCGCGUGUGUAUACAUACAUGUGUGUACAUAUAACAGGUGUCCACGGAAUGUCCUUCGGUAGCUCUGGGUUGGCCAUCAGACUGUUUUGUAAUGCCCAGCGCCUUGCCUCGGAAUUGGCAGUUUCUUGUGCAAUAAACAGUCAGCAGCUG